UUUGAAUUUGUCGGCUUUCUGCAUCUGGAAUUCCCGUUUGUUUUUAUUGUAAAACACCAAUUAAAUCCCACUUUCCUUGAUUCACAUUAAAAAUAGUACCUGCUUUGUAUUUUGUUUUCUUCCACCAUUUUCUUCUUAAUUUUGGUCAUUUUGUUUAAAAAAAGACAAAUUUGAAAUUCGGGUUUUUUAGUAUUGACUGAUUUUCGAUUGGGUUUCAUCUCAAUUGUUGUUUCAGAUGCCAUUUUCGUGUUGUAAAUCCAGUGAAUUUUGCGGUGACAUAAAAAAUUGUGAGAUUAUUUGCUGUCAGUUCUUCUGGGCAUUUUGUAUUUAGGUUUCAACUUGAUCAUUCUCAGUUCUUACAAAAACUCUUUUGAUCCCAAAGUGAAGUAGAUAAACAAUGGUUGUGUGUACUAUGUCUCUACCCCCACAUGAGAUUGAGAUUUUGAAGGAGACUCUUCAUACUCAGCAAGAACUUCUGCAGAAACUAUACAAUGAAUUGGACGAGGAAAGAGAAUCAUCCAGCAUUGCUGCUGAUGAAGCUUUGUCAAUGAUAUUACGCCUGCAGGGUGAAAAGGCAGCAAUGGGAAUGGAGGCAAGCCAAUAUAAGAGAAUUGCUGAAGAAAAGAUGUGUCAUGCUCAAGAAACACUUGAGAUAUUCCAAGAAUUAAUAUACCAAAAAGAAAUGCAGAUUGCUUCUCUUGAGUUCCAAGUUCAGGCAUAUAAGUUCAAACUCUUAAGCAUGGGGUGUGAUGACUUGGGUGCCUGUGAGAUGCAAUAUCCCGAGAACAUGCUGUCGAGGAAAAACAGGGUCUCAGGCGAAACAAGCUCUCUAGGCUCCCUCAGACGGGGUAGUUCAUUGCCACCGCCUUUGGUUAUUAGUAAGUUGGGUAGACGAGUUUCUGCUGAGGGAACAACGUCCUCAACAUCAUCUCCGAAAACAUGGCAAGAAACGAGAGGCGAAGAACCUUCUAUCCGGAGGGAGCAGGGAGAUGUGAAUUCAUACUGGGAUGAGAUUAAAAAGUUAAAUGAUCGAGUUAAUGAGUUGGAUACUCUGAAGAACUGUAGUAGUUUACCCACAAGUAAGAACAUGGUUAGUGCCCAAGCAUGUAGAGGUUCUGCUAGUUCGACUAUCGUUCAGGAUAUAUUUGAAGUCCCGAUAUGCUAUGAAAAUAACCAAGGAGAUACUACGAUAAAGAACGAAAGCCACAAUUUAGUAUUGAAAAGUAAAGACAGGAAUGGGAAGCUAGAUUCGGUGUGGGAUGAGAUAUGGAAUACUGAUGUCAAGGAGAGCACGGAUUGGGAGAAGAAAUCAUUAUUAUCUCCAAAUAACGACAAGAGUUCACCUAGGUUGAAUGACGCUAACGAGAAAAUUGAUUUGGAAACUAAGCUGUCGCAUUCGUCGGGUGGCAGUAAUGAAUCACCUAAACCUAAAGAUGGCAAGAUCAGUAUAUCCUCGCUUUAUAAGCAUCCAACAUAUGGCGUUGAUGACUUUGAACUUCAGCAGUUUAACAGAAGACUGAAGCAACUUGAAGAUCAGAGGUUUUUUACAAAAGGCGUUCGAACUAAUAAUGAGAUGGUGGAAGAAGAAUCGAGAGUUUUGUGGGAGAUUAGGGAUAAAAUUGAUUCAUUGCAGGGCGAGAUAACAGACUUGAGGACUAAGAAGCCGUUUCCUCCUGCAGAUCAUUCUCCUGGUUGUAUCAAAGAGGUAUUUCUGUGCUUUUGGCCAUAACCAAACUCAUACAAUGAUGCUAAGCAAUUUCUGUUGCUUUGCAAGAGCUGCUACCUGGAAUCGGAUGUUCAUAUGUAUCUUCUGUUUUCUCCCAAGAAAAGGCUCCAAAACUUUAACCCGAAACUGAUGUAUAGAUUCAAGAAAUCGUGUAUGCAGUCGUACAGAAAUCAUUUUCUUUGAAGGGUCUGUUGCCUUAGAGCAUAUAUAUAAGUCCCUAGGAUAUCGGUUAUCCUUUGUGAAUAUAGGUGUGCAUAUUUCCUUCUCAUACAGACAAGGAUUUGCAUGUUUUUGUCGAGUUUUUGCUAACUUGUUAAACCUAGAUGACAGUUUUCCUAAUCGAAGGUGGUGUAUAGUGUAAAAUUUUCAGAAGGUGUUGUGAGUUUGUAUUGAUGAUAUUGUGAGUAAAGUAUGAUGUUUACAAGGUUCUAAAUUUAUUGUCUUGAUUCAUUU